AUGACUGGCUCACAUUUACCUUUGCAGCAAUUUUGUCGGGGUAGUAAUUCCCUCAACACGCAGUUCCGUACAACCACAACAGUUGCGGCUACCCCUGUUACAACUGCUGUGACAGGUGGUGGAAAGACGGUGGGACGAUGGCUGAAGGACAGGAGGGAGAAGAAGAAAGAAGAAACACGGGCUCAUAAUGCUCAGCUGCAUGCUGCUAUCUCUGUUGCCGGGGUUGCGGCAGCUGUGGCAGCUAUUGCGGCGGCCACUGCUGCCUCCUCGAGUGCUGGAAAGGAUGAGCAGAUGGCAAAGACCGAUAUGGCAGUGGCAUCAGCUGCAGCCCUUGUUGCUGCGCAAUGCGUGGAGGCAGCAGAAGCCUUGGGGGCUGAGCGAGAGCAUUUGGCCUCCGUAAUCAGCUCUGCAGUCAAUGUCCGGUCCGCUGGAGAUAUCAUGACCUUAACUGCUGGGGCAGCAACAGCAUUAAGAGGAGCAGCCACCUUGAAGGCAAGGGCCCUGAAGGAAGUAUGGAACAUAGCAGCUGUUAUUCCUGUGGAUAAAGGUGGUGGCAAUGGAAGCAAUGGUAGCUCUAAUGGUAGCUUUAGUGGGGAGCUUGUUCCGGAAGAGAAUUUCUUGGGAAUAUGCAGUAGGGAAUUGCUUGCUAGAGGUUGUGAUCUUCUCAAGCGCACUCGAAAAGGUGAUCUUCAUUGGAAGAUUGUCUCUGUUUAUAUAAAUAAAAUGAACCAGGUUAUGUUGAAGAUGAAGAGUAGACAUGUUGCUGGGACCAUUACAAAAAAGAAAAAGAAUGUGGUCUUGGAGGUGAUUAAAGAUAUGCCGGCAUGGCCCGGUCGCCACUUGCUUGAGGGUGGAGAGAAUCGGAAAUACUUCGGAUUGAAGACAGUGAUGCGCGGGGUUGUGGAGUUUGAGUGCAGGAACCAGAGAGAGUAUGAUAUUUGGACUCAGGGUGUGUCAAGGCUCCUCUCCAUUGCUGCAGAGAAGAACAAUAGAAAUAGAAUUUGAAGCUUUGGGUACACGAGGGGAGAAAUCUGACAGAAAGCGUAAUUACAUAUUGGGGGGUUAUAGGAUCAAAUGCCUCCAUGAUUUGAUGAGGCUGUGAUUUUUGUGUGUUUCCACUGUAAAAAAAAAAAAGUUGAAACUAAAGAAAAUAUUAUCCAAAUGGGAUUGUGGGCUUUUGUUCUUUAUUUUUGAACUGGAAAGAGUAAAGUGCUUCGAAUCAAAGUACCCAAAUCCAUGUGAUCCAAGUUCCAUGAUCUUUCACUGUUCAGCAAAGAAAACUGAGUAUCUUGGACCGGGAUGGUCAAAAGGAGAAGAAAGGAAUCUCAUUUUGGUGAAGGAAUGAUGAUAUUGGAGAUGAUAAAGACACCGCCGAUUCUCUGUGCUUAGUAUUUAUAUAUUUGUUUUAGCUAAGCUCUUUGGUUUCGUCAUUUUUUAAGAAGUUACCCUUUGGCUCUUAGAUUUAGGUGUGUUACAUAUGGUGGGACAGAUCUUCUUGAUUUAUAAUAUUUCAUUUUAAUAUUAUAUUAACUAAAGUUAAUCGAAGACUUUGGUGACUAUUUUAUUUGUCAGAUUAAUUGUCAGAUGGAUGCUGUAAAUAAUAACAGUCUCUGAGAAACCGUCUCAAAUAAUGCUUUUUCAGACUUGGAUGAAUCAAACAUUCGGUUGAAUUCAGGCUACAUACAAUAUUUUAAUUAAAUUGUAUAGUUGUUUGCUUUGUUAAUGACAAAUUGUUCUUUUUGGACUGAUGAGAGUUUAGGAGCAUGGGAUGCUCCGAUGAGUGACU